CUCCUCUUACCUUUCCCUUACCUUCACUCACCGUUGCUCACCCACCGUCAGAGACACCGGGAAUGACAAUUUCCGAGCCAGUGAGUUGUUUUCUCAAACAACAAUCGACCUAGCAAUGCUGACUCUACCUUUCAUGUGCUUCAUUGAAUCACACUCUCCUCGCCUUUAUCCGUGUGCUAGUCGGUGAAUGGCAUGCGGAUAAGCAAGGCCAUUCUCAUGGUCAGACUAUCGCCAACACUGUCGAGACCAUUUGAGAUGAAUCAGCUAUCGAGCUGUUCUUUCAUACAUGCUCAAGGAAAAGGAAAUAAACCACUUGAGGACUUCGACGGGACGCUAGACUUUUGUCUGACGAGAUGGACUUCGUACCAACCGUCGCAUCUGUGUCGUUAGGCCAUCCCACCGUUCACCCUAUCACUGCACGACUCUCCGCCGCGGCACGGCAUGGCUUCAAACACGUGGAAAUCGUGGAAGCGGACAUCCUCGAGCAAGCAAAGGCCUUAGGGUUUGACGAUUCCGCGAGUAGCCAAACAGAAGCCGCCAAAUCCGUGCGGGCAAUGUGUGACGAGCUGGGUCUGACAGUCCGAGUGUUGCAGCCGUUCUGGUUCUACGAAGGGCUGCUCGACAAGGCGGAACAUCUGGCCAAGAUUGAGAAGUUGAAGCUCUGGCUCAAACUGGCAGCGAUCCUGGGCACCCAGACCAUCCAAAUUCCCACGAACUGGCUGACCUCCGGAACGACGGGCGAUCUCGAGGUCAUUGUGCGGGAUCUCUCUGAGAUGGCUGAUCUCGGCCUCAAAGAGGACCCCGUUGUCUCUUUCGCCUACGAAGGCGUUGCGUGGGGAACUCACAUUGACACCUGGCAAGGUACGUGGGACGUUGUGAAAAGGGUUGGUAGACCUAACUUCGGGCUGUGUCUCGAUACGUUCCAUAUCGCCGGGCGAGUAUGGGGCGAUCCCACUGUCCUGUCGGGAAUGAACGAAGACGCAGACAAGGCACUCGACGAGUCCUUGGAGGAGAUGGUCCGGGAUCUUGACGUAGGCAAGAUCUUCUAUGUCCAACCCGGCGACGCCGAACGGUUGGAUCGGCCUCUUGUCCCCGGCCACCCGCUUUACACUGCGGACCAGAAGCCACGCAUGACUUGGUCAAGGAACGCGCGACUGUUUGCCUACGAGCAACAUCUCGGGGGGUAUCUACCGGUGGAGAAAAUCAUGGAGACUCUGGUCAUAGGGAUGGGUUACCGGGGCCUGAUCAGUGCCGAGGUCUUCUCCCGACACCUAUUCGAUCCUAGACCCGAGAUACCGUCCGAAUUCGCCGAUCGAGCGGCCAAAUCAUAUAGAAGAAUGGUUGAAGCUCUGGAACAGCAGUCCGGUCGAAAAUAGGACAUUCGUUACCGAUGGAUUCUCCUGGGUCGAGUUCAAGUUGCUUAGGCUAGCUGGGCGAGGUUUAUUUCUUUUUCC